GCUACGUGCAUGCCGCCCAGAUCCCCGCUUUAGAGUAAUUGGGGUCUUGUUCACAUCCGGCAGCUUUGCACCACGAAUCCCCCAUUUGAACACUAACCCCGUACGUUUGCAGAGGCGCAAACGCUAAGAGAAAGAGAGAAAAGGGAAGGGAACAAAAGAAACAAUGCUCUACAAGGACCAGUACGCCGCUCUCUCACCCGACCACCCAGACUACGCCAGCGACGGUGAGACCGAGCAGUACCCUCUGACUGAGGGCGGCCGCCAGCCCACACCGCCGGCCCGCUCCGGCCACGGCAGACGAUACCCUUGGGUGGUGCUGGCUGUGCUGGCCCAGGUCGUCUACACGAUUCUGGUGCUCGCCGUCUCGCGCGAGUUCUACUACAAGCGCAUCUGUGUGUCUAUUGCCGCGCCCGAUGCCGUUGGCGGCUGGAACGUUUUAGAGUACCACGAGGUGGAUGCCGACCAAAAAGAGCCUGACGAGCAUCACCCGUUCCUAGGCACGCCGGGUCCGUCAGUGGAUAGGAACUGGCACGAGCUCUUGUCGACAUUCCGGGACCGCCUCCCCACCACAGAGGUCAAGAGAUUAGGAAUCGAGGAAGGGUCCAUAUGGCUGGACGACGAUCUAGGCGGGUAUUACGGGAGUGUUUGGGUCGGGCAUAACCUGCACUGCGUGAAAUACAUAUACGAUGGCCUGCACCGGGAUCACUACUACCCCAACCUGACCGUGGCAGAAGAGACGUCUCAUCAACAUCAUUUGCAUCAUUGCCUCCACCGGCUGAUGGAUGCGCUCAAGUGCCAUCCCGACAUGUCCCCGCUUACCCAGCAUUGGGUGGUGAACGAAGUGGUCCCCGUCGUCAACUGGGACGGCGCACGGCACACUUGCGCCAACUGGGAUCAAGUCGUGGACUGGGCCAAGAAGAACCGUAUCGUACCGACCGGAAAGGCCACAAUUCCUGAGGUUGCCCCGCAUCCCCUGUAUGCAAAAUUUAUCAACGAGCGCGGCAAGGCCGACUUUGUAAACAAGGACGCCAUCAUAGAGUGGGACUUGCUCUGGGGCCGACCCGACUGGCAGGAAUUUGCGCGGGAGCACGGAAUUCCAGAAGGAACAAUACCUCCGAAAGAGAUGCUGCGGAAUAAGCACGUUGGGUAGAUGGUUCUAGCCAAUUGUGCAUGGAGGGUGCACUGUUUUUAAUUAGUCCAGUAUGGUCCUUUUUGUUCUUGGGUCAUGUUGAUCGUCUAGUCUAGUUCAGCCAAGUUCAAGACCGGAAACCGUAUGGGCAGAUUCGAUUAGUCUCAGGGCUCAUCCCUGAAUCGGAAGCUCCACCAAUUGAGCCGCGUGGCCGUGGCUCGAUUUGUGGCUUUGUUUGUACCUUUGGGUCCAAACAAAGAUCACUCUGGUUCAGGUCUGAGGACAACUUGUUGAUUUUCGUGGCAAAUGGAGGUGAUUUCGCCAAUUCGGCGACCAACACUCCGUUAUAAUUAAUUGAAUAAAAAUCGUAAAAAUAACUCGUGUAAUUACAAAAUUAAUGGAUAA